AUGAAGAUUCUACCUUGCUCUCUCAUAUGUGGUUUCCUUCUUUUUGUGAUGAUCCUUUGUGAAGCAUCUGCCAAAUGUCAAGCAGCUCAACUUCCACAGAGCCGUCUUUCCGUCGCUCUCUCUCAACACUUUUCAUUUCUUUCUCUUUUACCACAAUCUCAGGAACUUUCAUCUAAUUCUAAUCAUCAUAAUGAUGAUGAGGUAAUUAUUUACUUACCCAAACCAGUUUUCUCAGAUUUUGAUCCCUGGAAAGUGCCACAAGUUGGAAUUCCACAACAAUAUGUCGUGCUCAUUGCUGUAUCGGUUUCCGUUAUUCUCGUUGUCUUUUUCCUUGCUCCAUGUAUCCUCUCAUGUUUGGUUUUAUGUAUUGCCAUAUGUACAGUGAAUACAGACAGAUAUCAAAGAAUGACUUUUGACAUGAUGGAUCAUUCCACAGAAAUGAAAAACAAUUCAACUACGAGUCCAUAUCCAGUGACCACCUUGAAUUCCGGUUGGUAUCGAUCCAUUCAUUCAAGAUUGUUUUACACAACCUCCAAAGAUUGUAAAUGGAUACUAUUUUCCGUAAUCACUUGGUUGCCAAGAAAGAUUUGUUGUUGUGGUUUAUUGGAUGCAUGUUGUUUUUUACGUUUGACAAGAUUUCAUGUGAGAAAUAUGAGAGUUGGAAAUAGAAAACUUGAUUUGGAUAUAUCUGACACUUGUCAUUCCAUGGCAUUCAUUUAUGCCAUUAAUCAUUUGUUAAAUGUUUACACUUGUGGAUUGUGGAAAGCUUUGGGAUUGAUGCAUCAUUUCUUGUUGUCAAAACUCGAUCAGAGAUUAAUGUGGAGAGAAAAGGAGGGCAUUUAUCCACAAGGAGGUCAAGCUACUUCUGUCACUUCUGAAAAUGGAAAUUCCACAACCCCUUAUUACUCACAUGAUGUCAUCACCCCAACACCUGUCAGUGAUCAAAAAAUAAUUUGGAACGAAACUGAACCUGGAUCCUUCCUUUGGUUCAGUGCUUAUUGCGGAAAAUCCGUCGAGCUCACUCACUGGUUCUUUAACUUCCUUAACGUUUUCACAUGUAGUUUUUUGGGUCCAAUUAUUAAGGCAUGGUAUUUGAGGCAUUUGAUGCGAAAUGUGAAAUUUGGAGGAAAAGGUGAAUUUGUAUUGGUCGAAGAGGCCACUAAUCGAAUUACGAGUCGAAUCGCAAAUUCUCCAAAUCGAAUCAUGUUGAGAAGUGAGUUAGAGGGAUGUGAUUUGUUUUUGAGAGAGUUUUUAUUGAAAGUUUUGAACUUUUUGACUUGUGGCAUUUUUGGAUAUUUGUUUGGAGACCGUUUUAUCUUGUCUUAUAUAGAUGACCAUAUGAAUCUGGUUGGAGAUUAUUAA